AUGCUCAUGUUCCCGAACCGAGUUACGAGGUCAGAUGAAAGGAAGAUGAGAGAAAAGAUCCUCAUAAGUUUUCAGAAUCCAAGAGGUUUUACAAAUGGGACAAUGGAGCUGACUAAUGAAAUGACAUCGGAGAGGAUAAAUUUCCAGAAAAAGACCUCGGCUGUUGUGUGGCUCGAGUUUCCUAAGCGUAAGAACUUACUGGCUGCGACAUGUGAAAGAAAGUUGGGACCAGAAGCCAAGUCUAUCGGAAAGUCUAUCAAUACAAGUCCGCAGAUUGAGUCCAACUCUUAG